GGGAGGCUCGGCGGACACGCCCCCUCGCCCGAGGCCCCCUCCGCGCCUCUUUCCACCGCCUCCUUGCUCUCCGCGGUCAGAGAGGGCCGGAGCGAGAAGAUGGCGAAGACCUACGAUUAUCUGUUCAAGCUGCUGCUCAUCGGCGACUCCGGCGUCGGCAAGACCUGCCUCCUGUUCCGCUUCUCAGAGGACGCCUUCAACACCACCUUCAUCUCCACCAUCGGAAUUGAUUUUAAAAUCAGAACGAUAGAACUCGAUGGAAAGAAAAUUAAACUUCAGAUAUGGGACACAGCAGGCCAGGAAAGAUUCCGAACAAUUACGACAGCAUACUAUAGAGGAGCCAUGGGAAUUAUGCUGGUCUAUGACAUCACCAAUGAAAAAUCCUUUGACAACAUUAAGAAUUGGAUAAGAAACAUUGAAGAGCAUGCCUCUUCAGAUGUUGAAAGAAUGAUCCUGGGUAACAAAUGUGAUAUGAAUGACAAAAGACAAGUGUCAAAAGAAAGAGGGGAGAAGUUAGCAAUUGACUAUGGAAUUAAAUUUUUGGAGACGAGUGCAAAAUCCAGUACAAAUGUAGAGGAGGCAUUUUUUACACUUGCACGGGAUAUAAUGACAAAACUUAACAGAAAAAUGAAUGACAGCAAUUCAUCAGGAGCAGGCGGGCCAGUGAAAAUAACAGAAAACCGGUCCAAGAAGACCAGUUUCUUCCGUUGUUCAUUGCUUUGAUGAACUGUUCUUUUCUGAGAGACUGCAGUAUACCUAGAGGGCCCUUCCCUGCUUCUCAGAAAGCACAGGUUACCCAGCCUCAGAGUCACCUCGCCCAGCUGCUGCGGAGAGCACCAUGGAACUGUAGACCUCUCAACACAGAAUGCCAAGUGGAUUCCAGCCUCAUGGCCUAACAAAAGAGCAGGCUCCUUUCUUCAAAUAUGGAAGCAGUGAUGUGGAGACACGCAGGACCUAACUGGUUGUUCCUUGUUUUACUGCCUGUCCUGGGAAGCUGCUAUCUUUCUUUGCACACAAGUGUCAGCCUUUCUCUGGUACAGCAUAAUCUUAGACUCCUAACAGCACUUUAGUGGCAUGAAGUUCUAGACUAAUAUAUUUGGGGAUGUUUAAAGACAACAGAACAUUAAACAGAGGUUCAUCUAAAGUUAAAGGGUGGUUGGCCUGGGUCAUAUGGCCAAAAGUUUUUUUGGUAGCAUUUACCGAAGGGCUUUGAUUUUGCAGUGUUCUUAAAAAUCAUUAAAGUCUGGUAAACUUUUAAAAUUCAUAAAAUUGCCCAUGUGUUCACCAGAGGCCACCUCAUCUUCAUCUUUUCAGGUGGUUAUCAGCUCUGCUUAUCCCUUAGUAGCUGUAGCCUUUUUAAGUAGGCUGCCACUGCCUUCUCUCUGGAAACAGCAUGUAGAAAGCCACUCCAGUCUCAUUGUUUCUGAGGGUCAUAGUUGCUGUUCCUUUUCCUGCCUGCCACCUUGUCAUUAUUUACUUAUCUAAAACCAAUAAUAUAUGCAAGCUCUGCUGUGUCUGUCUGUGAACUUUAUGAGCUGAGAUUUCACAUAAGCGAGAAAUGGUCGUUGGGGAUUUAUUUUCAUAUCCAACUGUGGUCUUGUUACACCAGAAUAUGUAAUAUAUUCUUUCUUAGUUUCACCCAUUAUCCUGUAUUACCCAAUUCUUAACCAUAAUACUGUCUGUGAGAGAGUUAACAAAGGUUACAUUUAGAUUUCAUUUUUCAGAAAACAUACCUAUAUGGAGAGAAAUUAAACAUGUGAGUAUAAGCUGUUAAUAAUGCUAAAAAUAAUGAGUUUUGGUUCUAUUUAGAAUUAAAAAAAUACAUAAAAGUGAUUAGACCUAGAAUAUCCUCCAGAAAUCUUGUCUUUUUAUUAGAGCACAUGUGAUCCAGGUUUUGGCUCUCAAACAGCCAUUGCUGAAUGUAUAGGACCUAGUCCUUUGCGUUUAGGCUUGUAGUUAGAGAAGUGGUAUGGCUACACAGGCCAAAGCCAACCAAAAGCUUUGCUGCUUUUCUCACCAAACGCUGGUUCUGAUAUUUCUUUUUGUGAACAAACCAUCACACUAGGGGUGGGUGAGUGGGAAGUAUUUAGUGUUAACUUAUGUGCCAAAUCAGAUCACAAUGUCACUGCUGUUAUUCUGGUCUUCAGUGUCUAACACUGAAAUCUUGACAAGGGAAAUGAACUGGUAGCAAUUACUCCUUCUGCUCUUGUGCUAUACAUUAAGAACUGAACAUGAAAAUAGAUAGUUGGUUACAUAGGGGAUUCUGCUUCUGUGCGUGGACCAGCAGGGCUUCCUGUCUGUGGGAAAACUCAAAAGCAUUCCAGUGGCUGCAAGUAUACCAGAAUUAUUUUUGGUGGAUACACUGACUGUACUGUUGACAAACUUUAGCCUUUUUUUUUUCCUUUUCUCUAAUUACCUACCAGCUUAAAGUCACACAUUACUGUCCAGGUAUAAGUAGUUGUCUCAAUGAGAAUUGAUUGUAAGUUUAACAUCUUCAAAUUAAAUACAUUUUUGAAAAGAAA